AUGGAGGAUUCGCCUUACAAUGCAAAUUUCGAGUUAGAAGGCGCACCAGUGCGCAGGCUCAGCGGUGUCGCGGCUUGGGCUGCAGAUGUCGAAUCAGCUCUACGGCUGAGUCCCCGCCUCAGCCUCUAUUUGGGAGUGUUCCUGACGCUGGCGGGAUCCUUGCUAAUGGCAGGGGGAAGCACGCUGAUGAAGCUUGGUCUCAGUGUGGAAGAUGAAGACACUAUGAGAGGGCAGUCGUGCGACCAGCAAUGGCUCUGGGGCUUUGGAGCAUACGUCAUAGGGGCAGCGCUCCAUGUGAUUGCCCUGGGAUUCGCUCCUGCAAGCGUCUUGUCACCCAUGAAUUCUAUCGGCCUCAUAGCCAACGCUGUGGCUUCGGCGGUCAGUCCAGAGUCGGCUAAUUGCUUUUCUCUACACA